CUUGAAUGGGAAAAGUUUGAAGCUUUUUGUAUUCGUUGCUGCUUUUUCUCCUAUGUGGUUCUUCGUCAUCACACGUUCAGUUCUAUCCAAAAUCCCCUGUCCUUGUCCCCCCCUCCAAAAAAGAAGGCCACUAGAAUAAUCGAUCCCCCAUUCGCGCCAUCCUCCAAUCUCCCCCAUCAUUCGAUUCGCACCACGGCCAUUAGCUCGAGCUCGAGCGCUCUCUCUGCCUUGCUCUCUCCUUCGCGCCACCGGUUCUUGAGCUCGUUCUUGGAUAAUCCAGUGGCUCGCCGUCGUCGAUCAUGGCGGGCUCUUCUGAUCGGAGGCUGGCCGUGGUCGCGCUCGCGGCUGCCGCGUUGGCGGCCUUCGGCGGCGGCGGCUGGCUGCUGCCGGCAGCCGACGGGCUCGGGGUGAACUGGGGCACGAUGGCGUCGCACCCGCUGCCGCCGAAGUCGGUGGUGCGGAUGCUGCAGGACAAUGGCAUCAACAAGGUGAAGCUGUUCGACGCGGACGCCGGGACGAUGGAGGCGCUCGCCGGCAGCGGCGUGGAGGUGAUGGUGGCCAUCCCCAACAACCUGCUCGACCUGCUGACGGACUCCGACGCCGCCAGGGACUGGGUGCACGAGAACGUCAGCAGGUACAGCUUCGACGGCGGCGUCAAUAUCAAAUAUGUUGCCGUCGGGAAUGAGCCGUUCCUGUCGUCUUUGAAUGGCACGUUCCUGAACGUCACCUUCCCUGCCCUGCAGAACAUCCAGCGGGCCCUCUACGAGGCCGGCCAUGGCGACACCAUCAAGGCGACGGUGCCGCUCAACGCCGACGUGUACAACUCGCCGGAGGACAGGCAGGUUCCCUCCGCCGGGCGGUUCCGGCCGGACAUCGCCGGGCUGAUGACGGAGAUCGUGCAGUUCCUGAACCAGAGCGGCGCGCCCUUCACCGUCAACAUCUACCCGUUCCUGAGCCUGUACGGCAACGACAACUUCCCGCUCGACUACGCCUUCUUCGACGGCACGAGCAGCCCCGUCGUGGACAACGGCAUCCAGUACACCAACGUGUUCGACGCCAACUUCGACACGCUCGUGUCGGCGCUGGCCGGCGCCGGCGUCGGGGGCCUGCCGGUGGUCGUCGGCGAGGUCGGGUGGCCGACCGACGGCGACAAGCACGCCAGGGCGGACCUCGCGCAGCGGUUCUACGCCGGGCUGCUCCGGAAGCUGGCGAGCAACACCGGGACGCCGCUGCGGCCGGGGCAGUACGUGGAGGCUUACCUGUUCAGCCUCGUCGACGAGGACGCCAAGAGCGUGGCGCCGGGCAACUUCGAGCGCCACUGGGGCAUCCUCCGGUACGACGGCCAGCCCAAGUACGCCAUGGACCUGUCCGGGCAGGGCCGGGACACGGCGCUCGUGGCGGCGCGCGGGGUCAGCUACCUCCCGCGCGCGUGGUGCGUGCUCAACCCCGGCGCGACGCCGGAGGCCCUGAGCCGGAUCGGCGACAACGUCAACUACGCCUGCACGUUCGCCGACUGCACCUCGCUGGGGUACGGCUCGACGUGCAACGGCAUGGACGCCGCCGGCAACGCCUCGUACGCGUUCAACGCCUACUUCCAGGUGCAGAACCAGGUUGAGGAGUCCUGCGACUUCCAGGGCCUCGCCGUGCAGACGCAGCAGGACCCGUCCACGAACGCCUGCAACUUCACCAUACAGAUCGAGCCGUCCGCGGCCGGCCGGCCGGUACCGGCGACGGCGACGGGCGUCGUGCUCGCGGUUCUCGCCGUCAUGGCCACAUUCUGAGACUGAUCGAUCUCAGCACAUAGCUACGAUUUGUAAAGGUUUCUGCUUGGUUUUGUAUAUACUUUUGUGCAAUGUCUGGUUACGAGCUAGGACGCCUAGGUCCUAGGUCUAUUCAACCGAGUUUAAGAUUUUAAAAAGCGGUCGGUGUGAAACUAGUUUCUUAGAUUUUGGAAAAACUAGGUUUUUCGGUUUCUUGCUUUUAGUUUAUUUUUUAAAUUAUAUAACUCUAGAUUCUUAAAAACUAAGUAUUAUUUAAGAGAGCUCAUUACUUCUGAAGAAUA